AUGAAAAUAUUUUUAUUUUUUAAGAACAUUUUUCUUCUAAACACUAUCAUUUUCAUAUUAAACGAGUAUAUAAAAAGGAAAGACUAUGGUUUCCGUUUUUUUAUAUAUUCUUUAAAAAUAAAAAGUUCAAAAGAAGAAUUUCCAAAAAAUGUUCAUCAAAAGGCAACGAAUACAAAAGAGGAAAAGAGUGCGUAUAAAAAUGAGAUGAGAGAAAUUCCUAAUGGGAAUAAUAAUAAAGGGAAGAAUACAAAAAAGACAGAAGUUCACAAUAAGAAAAUAUUAGUAAAAGGAUUAGAAGAUACUAAUAGUCAUAUAAGUUCUGUUAGUAGUAGUAAUACUAUAAGUAGUGUUAAUAGUAAGUUAAGUGAUAAUAGUAAUGUUAGUAAUAUUCUUCCAACUAUUAAAAUAGAAAAUUUAAAAUAUAUGUAUAAGCAAAGAAAUAGUGUUUUAAAAAAUGUUUCUACAGAUAAUAAAAAAGGAAAUAAUAAUAAUAAAAAAACUAAAAAAAGUAUACCUAUUAUUUAUAUACCUUUUAAUGAAAUUAAAAAUUUUCCUUAUAUAAGAGGUAGGUUAAAGUUAGUUUAUGUUAAAUCAUUUUAUGAUGAAUAUCAAAAAGAAUUAUAUGAAGCAAAAUUUCAAUUUUUUAAAAAUAAUAAAAUUUAUAUAUCAACAUUUGCAUUAGUUAAAAAUGCGCUUAGUGAAAAUAUAGAUCAAACAGAAAAAUGGGUAACUGCUGAUAUGAAAAUUUUGAAAAAAAAUUCUUAUAAUAUCUCAAUAACAUGUAAUAAUUCUCAUGAAAAACAAAUAGAAGAUAUAUCUUUUACAAAGCAAGAGAGAGAUGAAUUUGAAUUGAUAAGGAAAAGCUUAAAAAAAAAAGUUAAUAUAACUUAUGAUAAUUUUCUUUAUAAUAUAGACACUUUUUAUAAUGCUAAGAGGAAAUAUUUAGAAUAUAUUAAUUUCUUUUUUACGAAUUCUCAUAUUAAAAAUAAUACGGAUAAUAAAAAUAAUAAGGAUAUUAAAAAUAAUAAGGAUAUUAAAAAUAAUAAGGAUAUUAAAAAUAACAAGGAUAUUAAAAAUAAUAAGGAUAUUAAAAAGAAUACGGAUAUUACAAAUAAUACGGAUAUUAAAAAUAGUAAGGAUAUUAAAAAUAAUACGGAUAUUACAAAUAAUACGGAUAUUACAAAUAUUAAGGAUAUUAAAAAUAAUACGGAUAUUACAAAUAAUAUGGAUAUUAAAAAUAAUACGGAUAUUACAAAUAAUAUGGAUAUUAAAAAUAAUAAGGAUAUUACAAAUAAUACGGAUAUUACAAAUAAUACGGAUAUUACAAAUAGUAAGGAUAUUAAAAAGAAUACGGAUAUUACAAAUAAUACGGAUAUUAAAAAUAAUACGGAUAUUACAAAUAAUAUGGAUAUUAAAAAAAACAGUUCAUUAAAUAUUACUAUACAAAAAGAUAAUAUACUACUAAAAAGUUUGUCAUCGUUUAACAAAACGAAAUAUAUAUCAUUUAGAAGGAUGCAAACAAAUAAUAGAAUUGUGUGUAUGGCACUAAUUGACUCCAAAAGAUUGGAAAAUCGUUUUGUCCUGUACAACCUGUUAAGGGAUCAUAUAAUCGAGAAUGAAGAAUUUAAAGACGUUAUCAUAUUUGAAACGGAUGAUCAUAAUAUUUAUAAUUAUGAUUCGAAAUUAUCUAAGGAUAUUCGAAUUUUAAGUAAUAAAUUUGAGUUUGAAAUUUUAAUGGAUGAACAUUCUUAUAUAAAUAAACCUUAUGACUAUUUCUAUUUAAAUAAAUAUUCUUCUGUACAUUUUGAAUUACAAAAUAAGGGUAUUGUAAAUUAUAAUAAUAUAUUUUCUUGGUUAUGUGUACAUUUUAUUAAUAGUACUCGAUACAAAUAUUACUAUCCUCAUUUUUAUCUUUCUAAACGUUCUGGUAAUAGUGAUAUGGGGAUACGUAAUAUAAGUUUUUACGAGAAAGAAGAUACUUAUAGUUUUAUAGAGAAAAAUAAAAAGAAUAUAAAUAAGAAUGAUCAAGGUACAACAUAUGAUACACUUGAAAAAAAUGAUACAUAUAGGACAGAUAAAAAAAGUAAAGUAAAAGAUAUUAAUAGAAUAUAUAACACCAAAUAUGAAUUGUCAAAAAAAAAUAAUUCUGAAAAUAUAAAUCACAAGAACAAUGAGAUAAGUAAUAUAUAUUCCAAUAAAAAAGAGGAAAAACAUAUGUUUAGUAAUUAUAAUAUAAGUUAUAAUAAUAUGAAAUGUAUAAAUAAACACAAUCAAUUUUCAUUUCUAGAAUUAAAAGAAAAGUUGAAAAGUGAUAAUAAAGAAAGGGAAGAUGAAAAAAAGAAAGAUGAAUCAUCUGAAAAAAAUGAAACCCAUCUAGUGAACAAUGAUGAUAAUAAUAUUGGUGAUGAUAAUUUUAAUUCUGAAGUAGACAAUGAUGAUAAUAUAUCAUAUGAUAGUAAUAUUUUUUAUGAUAUGAUUAGUGAAAUAUCUGACAAAAUUGAAAAUUCGGAUUCAUACUUAAAUGAAGAAGAUAUUGAUUGGGAUGAUGAUGUUUUUUUUGAUACUAUGGAAUAUGUAGAUGAUACUAGUACUACUACUAGUAUCAAUACUGAUAAAAAUGGAGACAAUAAAAAAGAUGAUUCUAACGAAGACAUUAUAAGUAUACAAAAUGUAAAUGAUUCAACUGAAUUAAGUGAACCUAAGAAAAUUGAUGAUACCAAAAAAAGUGAAAGUUCCACUUUAAAUAACAUUAAGGGAUAUAUAUCAAAAUUUAAAUAUUUCUUUCAAAAUAAAUCAGAAAAUAAUAUGACCACUAAGGAUAAAAGUAGUGAUGAUAAAAGUAGUGAUGAUAAAAGUAGUGAUGAUAAAACCAGUGAUGAUAAAACCAGUGAUGAUAAAACUAGUGAUGCUAAAAGUAGUGAUGAUAAAAGUAGUGAUGAUAAAAGUAGUGAUGAUAAAAGUAGUGAUGAUAAAAGUAGUGAUAAUAAAAGUAGUGAUGAUGUUAAAUUAAAUGAAGAACAAACUUUGGGGGAUCAAAAUCAUUUAUCUGAUAAUAAUAAAGAUAACGAGGAAAAUAUAUCCAGUCAAGAUGAAUUAGUAAAAGACAAAUUAGAUACAAGUAACAUGAGUGAUAGUGAAGAAAAAUUGAAAGAUGAUAUUAAAAAUAAUGAAGAUGAAAAUUUAUCAACAGAAAAUAUACCAUCUAAUGAAAAUAAAAUUGAUGAUAAAACAAAAGAUGGUAGUACAACCUUAAAAACUUCUAUGGGAUACUUUACAAAAUUAAAAAGUUACGUAGAAAAGGAAGCAGAAAAUUAUAUGAACACUAAUGAUAAAAGUAGUGAUGAUAAAAGUAGUGAUAAUAAAAGUAGUGAUGAUGUUAAAUUAAAUGAAGAACAAACUUUGGGGGAUCAAAAUGAUUUAUCUGAUAAUAAUAAAGAUAACGACGAAAAUAUAUCCAGUCAAGAUGAAUUAGUAAAAGAAAAAUUAGAUACGAGUAACAUGAGUGAUAGUGAAGGAAAAUUAGAUGUUAGUCAUGUGAAAAAUAGUGAAGAUGAAAAUUUAUCAGCAGAAAACGUACCAUCUGAUGAAAAUAAAAUUCAUGAUAAAACAAAAGAUGGUAGUACAACUUUAAAAACUGCUAUGGGAUAUUUUACAAAAAUUAAAGAUUUCUUUCAACAUAAAUCAGAAAAUAAUAUGACCACGAAGGAUAAAAUUAGUGAUGAUAAAAGUAGUGAUGAUAAAAUUAGUGAUGAUAAAAACAGUGAUGACAAAAGUAGUGAUGAUAUUAAGUUAAAUAAAGAGCAAACUCCGGUGGAUCAAAAUAACCUAUCUGAUAAUAAUAAAGAUAAGGAGGAAAAUAUAUCCAGUCACAAUGAAUUAGUAAAAGAAAAAUUAGAUACAAGUAACAUGAGUGAUAGUGAAGGAAAAUUAAAUGUGAGUAACAUGAGUGAUAGUGAAGGAACAUUAGAUACUAGUAACAUGAGUGAUAGUGAAGCAAAAUUAGAUGCGAGUAACAUGAGUGAUAGUGAAGGAACAUUAGAUACUAGUAACAUAAGUGAUAGUGAAGCAAAAUUAUAUGUGAAUAACAUGAGUGAUAAUGAAGAAAAAUUAGAUGCAAGUAACAUGAGUGAUAGUGAAGGAAAAUUAUAUGUGAGUAACAUGAGUGAUAGUGAAGAGGGAUAUUCAUCAAUAGAAAAUGUAUCGUCUGAUGAAAAUAAUAUCGAUGAUACAACAAGAAAGUGUAGUACAACUUUUAAAACUGCUAUGGGAUAUUUAACACAAUUAAAAAAUUACCUACAUGAUGAAGCAAAUUAUUUUAUGUCCCUUUAUGAUAUGAAUUUAAGUGAAGAACAAUCAUCGGGAAAUAAAAAUGACUUAUCUGAUAAUAAUAAAGAUAAGGAUGAAAAUAUAUCCAGUCAAGAUGAAUUAGUAAAAGAAAAAUUAGAUACAAGUAACAUGAGUGAUAGUGAAGAAAAAUUAGAUGUUAGUCAUGUGAAAAAUAGUGAAAAUGGGAAUUUAUCAGCAGUAAAUGUAUCGUCUGAUAAAAAUAAUAUCCAUGAUAACACAAGAAAGUGUAGUACAACUUUAAAAACUGCUGCGGAACAUUUAACACAAUUAAAAAAUUACCUAAAUGAUGAAUCAAAUUAUUUUAUGUCCCUUUAUGAUAUGAAUUUAAAUGAAGAACAAUCUUCAGUGAAACAAAAUCGAUUAUCUGAUAAUAAUAAAUAUAAAAAAGGAUUUAUAUCUAGUCAUGAUGAAUUAAUAAAAGGAAAAUUAGAUACGAGUAACAUGAGUGAUAGUGAAGAGGAAAAUUUAUCAAUAGAAAAUGUAUCAUUUGAAAAAAAAAAAUUUGAUGAUAAAUUAAAAGGUGAUUAUUUUUUAUAUGACAAAUUACCCGAUAAUAUUAAUGUCUAUUCUCUGAAAAAAUCAAAUUCUACUGAUAAUUUAGAAAUGUAUAAAAAUUCCUCAUCUGAUGAAUAUAUAUUAGAUGAUGAACAAUCAGAAAAGGAUUCUAUAUCUACCUAUUUUGAAGAUAAUUCAUCUGAUAAUGAUAUUGGUUCAUUUUAUCAAAGAAGACCAGAGGGAUAUUUUACAAACUAUCAAAUGUCUGAUAGUGAUGAUGAAUCAUUACCUACACCCCAAGUUAAUGAUCUAUUAGCUUUAAAAGAAAAACAGAAACAUGAAGAAAUAUCACCUUCAGAUGAAAGUUCCACACUUAGUAACAUAUCAGACGUACAUUCAGAACACCUAAUUAGUCAAAAAGAUAAAAUUUCCCAAGAUUCAACGGUUCAAAGUAGUAUUAAUUUGAAUGAUAAGGAAACACAAUCUGUUGUUGAUGACAUAAAGACAUAUGAUAUCCCCCAGAAUAGUAAUAAAUCAAAUUUUGAUAUAGAUGAAGAUUUAAAUAGAUAUACAUCAUUAAGUUUCCUACCGAGAAAAAUGGUUGUAGGUUAUAUGGAGCAAGAAUGGGAAGAUACGUAUAUAUUAAAUUGGUUAUUAGGUGAUGAUAUUUUCUGUGUAAUUAAAUUAGAGUUUUUUGAUGAAUCAAUUAAUAAGAAAAUAAAAAUGGAAUAUAUUAAAGUUUUAAAUAGUUUCACUUUAAUUGAUAAGAAAGAAUUACCUAUAGUACAGAAAGGUAAAAAAGAAUUAACUGUUAAGGCAAACAUUUAUCCAUAUUAUUCAAAUAUAAGAUUUUUUUAUCAUAACGACAAUAGUGAUAAUCAUCAUGUUGAUCCUUAUAACAAUCGAAUAUUUGAAAAUGAAUUAAAAUCAUAUUUAUUAUUAGUACACCAUUUAAUAAAUGCUAGAAAUAGUCCUUGUAGAAACUAUAAGAAUGCAAAAUAUUUUUAUAAUGAAGAUACUUUUAAUAUAUCUCAUAUUAAUUUUAUUAGUAAUAAAUUGUUGUCUAUUACAUACGAAUGUGCUUUAAAAGUUUUGAAUUGGGAAAUUCCAUAUGGAAUUGUAAAAAGGAAUGAAAAUUAUAUAAGUAAAUUUGUUUUUAAUAAUAUACAAUAUAAGUUAAAUAAAGAUAUAUAUCCUUAUGCAAUACAAAUUAAAAAACUAGAUAUAAAUAAUUCAAUAGAUUUUGCUAUGAAUAAUCGUGAAUUAAUACAAAAUUCUGUUGAUUUAAAAUAUGAUAUAUUUUUAAAAUUAAGCUCUAAAUUAUUUACUUUACAUACAUUAGGUCUUGUACACUCAAAUAUUAAAGCAGACAAUUUUUUAAUUGAUUAUUUAAAUAAUGAAUUAAAUAUAUAUUUAAAAGAUUUUAAUAGUAUAGUUGAAGAAGGAAAAUUAAAUAAUUUUAAAGGAAGUUUGGUUUAUAUUGCUCCUGAAAAAUUAAAAUCUUAUUUUUAUCAUAUCAUAAAUAAAUUGAAAAGUGAUGUUUUUUCAUUAGGUCUAAGUUUAUCAACAGUUUUAAUUAAAAAUGGUUUCUUUUUAAAAAGUGUUGCAAAAAGAAAAAUAUCAUUAUCAUUAGAUAAAUAUGCAUUAAAUAUAAUAAAAAGAAAUCCAAUGGUUUAUCUAUGGAUUAAAUCAUCAAAUCCAUUUAAAAAAAAGAGAUUUGAUAAAUCUAAACAUAGAUCAUAUAAAAAGGUAUCUGUACAUAUUAUGGAGAAAUUAUUAUCUAAUAAAUAUAUAUAUAGAUGGAUUCAUAAUAGAUACCCUUCUUUUAAUUAUGCUCAAGCUGAAAUGCAUAUGAAACUUUUAGAAAGCCAAAUUCCUCAAACGUUCAUUAUAAAUGUAGAUAAUAUUACAGUUAAUAAAAGAGAGCUUAAUAAAAAGGUAUACAAUCCAAAUAUUCAAAAUAAAAUUACGUAUGAUAAACAUAUCGAGAAUACUAAUGUAAAUCACAAUAUUAACAUGAAUAAGAAGCGUGAAAGGGUGACCUUCAGGGAUACUUGUACUAUAAAUUAUGAUGAUAAAACAAAAAAUCAAAAAAUUUUUAAUGUUCCAUCAAACAAAAAAGACAUACAUUCAAUAGAUAAAGGAAGAAGGGAUUAUAACACUUCAUUAAAUAUGAAUAUUGCCGUAUCCUUUUCUCAAUUAUACAUAAAUUCGGAUCAUAAUGUAGAAAACAAUUCACGUGAUAAAAAAAAGAAUUUAAGUGAUAAAAAAAAAAAUGCAAGUAAUAAAAAAAAGAAUGCAAGGGUUAAAAAAAGGAAUUCAAUUAAUAAAAAAAAGAAUGCAAGUGAUAAAAAAAAGAAUUCAAUUGAUAAAAAAAAGAAUGCAAGUGAUAAAAAAAGGAAUUCAAUUGAUAAAAAAAAGGAUUCAAGUGAUAUAAAAAAGGAUGACGAUAAUACAAAAAAUGAUGACGAUAAUACAAAAAAUGAUGACAAUAAUACAAAAAAGGAUGACAAUAAUAUAAAAAAGGAUGACAAUAAUAUAAAAAAGGAUGACAAUAAUAUAAAAAAUGAUGACAAUAAUAUAAAAAAUGAUGACCACAAUAUAAAAAAUGAUGACAAUAAUACAAAAAAUGAUGACGAUAAUACAAAAAAUGAUGACAAUAAUAUAAAAAAUGAUGACAAUAAUACAAAAAAGGAUGACAAUAAUAUAAAAAAGGAUGACAAUAAUAUAAAAAAUGAUGACAAUAAUAUAAAAAAGGAUGACCACAAUAUAAAAAAUGAUGACAAUAAUAUAAAAAAGGAUGAAAAUAAUAUAAAAAAUAGUGAUAAUAACAUAAAAAAUGGUGACAAUAACAUAAAAAAUGGUGACAAUAAAACAAAAAAUGAUGACAAUAAAACAAAAAAUGAUGACAAUAAUAUAAAAAAGGAUGAAAAUAACAUAAAAAAUGGUGACAAUAAUAAUAUAGAAAAAACAGAACCAAUAAUAAUAAAAGGAAUAUUAAAAAAAACUUCCACCCAUAGUAAAAGUGAAAAUAAUUCAAAGGAUGUAGCAAAGCAAAUCAAUAUAAAAAAAUUAAACCAGUCUUGUCAAAAUGUAAAAGAUUCAAUUAUUGGAACAAUAAUGAAAAUAUUUUCAAUUGAAUAUGAAAAAUAUAGACCUGAUAUAUUUGAUAUAUAUUCACUUAUUAAAAAAGAUGUAACAUAUAUUAAAGAUAAAGAUGAUAAUGUGAAAAAUCUUUUAAAUAUAUUACAAAAAAUUACGGAACCUGAUAUGAUAUCAAUAUUAAAUCAAAAAACAAAUGGAAGUAAUUAUAAUAUUUAUAAAAUGGUUAUACUAAAAGCUUUAUUAUUUUAUGGUUAUUUUACUCUCUAUGAAAGAUUAUCAUAUGAAUUUAAAAUAUAUGAACAUCAGAUGUUUCCAUUAAAAGAAAAUAGUGAAGAUACGUUUGAAACAGUUAUAAAGAAAUGUAUGAAUAGAUUUAAUUUUAAUGAAUGGAGUAAUUUAUUAAUAAUUCAACAUAUUUAUAAUAAUUAUUCGAGCAGAAAAAAAUAUACUGAUUUGUAUAUAAAUUUUCAUAUUAUAGAUAUUAAACUUAAUGAUAAAGCAGAAGAUGAAAUGGAGAAAAUGUAUAAUAAACAUAUGAUAGAAGUUUUUAAAGAGAUUGAUUAUAAUAAUAAUUUAAAUAAAUUUAAUAAAUUUAAUAAUUUUUUAUUAUAUAUGAAAAAGGAAUCAGAAGAUAUAUCCAAUAAAUUAAAAGAAAAAAAAAAUAUGGAAACAGGAUUGAAUAAAUUUCAAAUUAAUUAUGAUGAUAUUUAUGGUAUUAAUAAUGAAAAUAAUAUAUCAUUAAUUCGUAAAACAAUUUUAAAAUUAGACAAUUCUGCAAUUAGAGAUAUGAAUGUAAAUUUGGCUAUCCUAUUAAAUGAUAUGUUUUGGAAACAUAAAAAUUUAUGUAAAGGAGUUAAUUAUAAUCAUACGAAAGUAAAAUAUGCAGAUAAUACUAUAAAAGAAUUUAAUAUAAAGAAUCCUAUAAUAGAUUUACAUAAACCUAUAGGAAGUAUAUUAAAAGAUUUAAAAAAAGAAGAAGAUAUAAUGAUUUCAAAAGAUUAUAAAGAUAUGAAUAAUACUUUAGAUUAUACAAUACCUAAUAAUGUACAUUUAGAUGUUAUUCUUAAGAAUAGUCUACAUUUUGUAUAUUAUAGUACUUUAAUAAAAUGUGCAGAAAAAAUGGACAAGAAAGGCACUAUAUAUCAUCGAGAUAUUACAUAUAAUAGAAAAAAAGAAACUAUUAAAAUAAAAAUAGGUCUAACUUCCAAUAGUUAUUUUUAUUUAAAAUUUUAUAUAUCAUAUUUAAGAUAUAAUGAAAUUACCUUAAAAGAUAUAAUAUAUUUUAUAUAUAGGAAUUAUAAAUCUGAACUUAAUAAAAGUGUUCAUUCAAAUAUUGAAAAUAUAAGUCUUUCAUUUUUUGAUUGUUUAUUAAUUAAUGAAUAUAAUACAUUCUUUUAUAAUAAUUCAACAGAGAAGCUUAUUAAAGAAACAUCUUUUAAUAAAAUUAUAUCUCUAUUAUAUAAUAUAAAUUUAAAUGAUCCAGAUUAUGUUAUUAAAUCUACAAUUAAUUAUUAUAAUCAUAGAGUAUUAGGUGCCCCUUUAAUAAGUCUAGUAACUAUAUCUGAUACUAUUCAUGAAAAGUGGAAUGGAAGAACAAAGCAGAAAGAUUAUAUAUUACAACCAUCUAUUAAUAAUUAUGCCGAUGAAUUUAAUGAACAACCUAUUGAUAUAAGUAAAUUAAAAUUUAAAGAUCGUUCAUUAAAUAUAAAAAAAAAUAUUAAUAUGGUUAUAAUGAGAAGUAAAUAUCAAGGAUAUCAAUAUAGACUAGUUAAAUGCUUAGAAUUUUUACAUAAAAAAGUUAUUAUGUAUCAUUCGGAUCAACAUACAACAAACGUGUUUGAUCAAAUAAUAAUACCAUCCGUUUUUGUACAUUUAAAUAAUGAUGACACUUUACAAUUUGAUGAAAAAGAAUCUUCAGGAAUUAGAAAAAUAAAAUUUAAUAUUAUAACAGAUAUAAUGAAUUUACAAACAUAUGAAAAUCAAAUUUCUACAUUAACUGACCUUAUGUAUCUAAUAAUAAGAUGGUUAGAAACACAAAUACCAUUUGACGAUAGAAAUUAUUGUACCUUUUUAACUGACCGAGGACAAAUAUUCCAAUAUGAGCUGGUGUUAAAAAUAGGAACAAGAAAAAAUAAAAUAAAUAUUUUAUAUAAAAAUAAUGAAGGAGUAAUCAAAUUUAUAUUUCAAAAUAUUUUAAAAAAUCAUCAAGUAAAUCUAUAUACAUCAGAAUUUUUAAUGUCAGCAAUUAAACAAAACAAUUUGAUAUUAUAUUUUGUGUUAAAGGAUGAAUUAAAGUAUAUAUUUCCCGAUAUACGUGAAGGGGUAUAUUUUAAUUUAAAGGAAUCCAAUAAUAAAAUUAUUAACUGCUUAAAAUGGUUAGACGGUAAAAAUGUUAAACUACUAGAGAAUAACAUUUAUGACGAUUCAUAUGUUCCUAUAAAAGUAAAAUUCCUGGACGUUACUUUUAUAUACAGAAUAACAAAAGAUAGUUUUAAAAAUAUGAUAUAUAAAUUUAGUAAUUAUGAAGUUUUAAAACAUUAUGGUAAACAAUUAUAUACUCCUUUUAUAUCCCCCAUAAAUGAUAUUGAAAAUAAAUUUAGAUAUUUAUUUUUAAGAGAUUUAAGUUAUUAUAUAAAUAUUCCAAGAAAUGUAAAAAAAGAUAAACAUGAUUUUAUGGUCUCUAUGGAUUCAAAUGUGUAUAAUACAUUAAACCAAAAACAUAAUAUUUAUAUGAAUAAUUAUUCUUCAAUUAUUGAAAAUAUGAUAACCUAUAUGAACGUGACAUAUACUGAACCCGUGUUUAUUUUCCAUGUUGUAAAACGUGCUAUUUUGGGCUCAAAAAUACUGUCAAUACUUAGGAGGAUGAAAUAUAUCAUAACUAGUUAA